CAGCUCCGAUUACGUUAACGCCAACUACAUAGAUAUUCGGAUAAACAGGGAAGGUUACCAGCGGUCGAACCACUUCAUCGCCACUCAAGGGCCCAAGCAGGAGAUGAUCUAUGAUUUCUGGCGGAUGGUUUGGCAGGAGAACUGCUUCAGUAUUGUCAUGCUCACCAAGCUGGUGGAAGCGGGCAGGAUGAAGUGCUGCAAAUACUGGCCUGAUGACACUGAGCUGUACGGUGACAUCAAGAUUACACUGCUCAAGACAGAAACUCUGGCAGAGUACACAGUCCGCACCUUUGCCAUGGAGAGGAGAGGUUACCCUGCCAAACAUGAGGUGUGUCAGUUCCACUUCACCUCCUGGCCCGAGCACGGAGUGCCGUAUCACGCCACCGGCCUGCUGGCGUUCCUGCGGCGGGUCAAGACCUCCACUCCUCCGGACGCUGGACCGGUGGUGGUCCACUGCAGCAUGGGGGCAGGCCGGACCGGCUGCUACAUCGUGCUGGAUGUCAUGCUGGAUAUGGCUGAGUGUGAAGGAGUGGUGGACAUCUACAACUGCGUUAAGACCCUCUGCUCCCGCAGAAUCAACAUGAUCCAGACUGAAGUGAGUGCGAAGGUCCGAACGUGUCCCGACAGGUUUGAUGAGUCCAAGUUGACGACAACUGAAGACACGUCUCCCUGCACCAUUAUGUGUCAUCGUUGGUUAUUUUAGGCCAGGAAAGAAAAC